UGUCGUCUUAUUUAUUUAUAAAAACGGUGAAUAAUAUAAUGCACAAGUGUGUUCGGCAAUUGAACAAAAAUACGCUUUUGCCACAUUGCAUAAUUUGCAAUUGAUAAGUGCGAAUGUAAACAAAUAACGCUAAAAGUAUCGUACGCUGGUUCGUUCGUUGAUUUGUUUUUGUUCGCUUCGUUGUGUGAAGCUGACUAUAGCAAAGGAAUUUUCUCUAUGUGCACUCUCCAAACAAAGUCAGAAAGUGAAUAUUUGUUUUGGUUUUUUCGUUUUAUUUAUUGCUUACAGCGCUUCCCUCAGUGAAGGCAAUUGAUUUAGUUUAAGCAUAAAGAACAAAACAGUAGGACAUGGAUAUUUUGGACAUUGAUGAAGCACUAAAGGAUGAUUCAUACAUAUUUCUGGCAGAUAAAACGCACGAUGAUAUCUCAAACAUACUUCAGCAGUGGAAAACAAAUAAUCAACAGCAGCCGCCGCAGUCGUCGUUGCAGUUGCAGCCGCAUUUACACUACAACAACCAUGAACAAGCCUACAAACACAAUUCGAAGACCUUCACCAGACCAAAGCGCAGAUCACAGGCGGCAACAAAUCUGGAGACACAAUUCAAUGCAACAACAUCAGGCAUGCUCAGUUUGGAGAUCGGCGGCCUUGUUACGACGAUGCACAAAUCGUUUCUGCAGGACACAUCGCCGCCGUCAUCCAUCUGUUCAUCGAUGAACAACGAGCAUAUGAACAACUCGCUCAUCAGUUCCGCUGACUUUACCAAUCUCAAUUUUCUGCAAUCGACCAACAGUUUGGAUCCCAACGAGGAUGCAACAGAGGCGUCAACGCAACUCAAUCUAACGACGACCACAACGCUGACCAAUGAGGCUGAUGUGUAUACGUUGAGCGAUAUGAUCCGAGAUCGUAAGGCGCUCGAAUCGUUGACCAUGUCCGGUGACGGCACCUUGAUCAAGGACUCGCACAUUGGCCAGAUCGAUGACAUAUCGCUGACGACUCUGAGCAAAACCGCCUCAGGUUGCAGCACCAUGGACAACAGCACUGACAGCGUUUCCACGGGCAACGAACUGCAGUUGCAACAACAGACACAGCACAUGCAGCAGCAGCAACAGUUGCAGUUCCAACAGCAGCAGUUGCGCAGUAGCUUGUUGCUGAGCGAGGAUAUGAUUGGAGACACCACGUUCAGUUUGGUGGACAGCUUAACAACGCCAACGACAGCGGAUUCGAUGUGUGAACUGGAGGCGAAUGCCACAUUUAAGAGACCUCAGGCGCUGCCCCUCAAUGAGACGCUGUUGCUGGCGGGACGCCAGGUGAACACCACGUACACCGAACUCAGUGACACACCCGAAGCUUCUCGUUGUGAGACGCCCGAGAACGUUGAUAAAUCGCUGUCCACGCUGCAAAUGGAAUCGACGCCGUUGACCACCAACACGGGCUCACGCUUGCAGCUCUACAACCUCAAUAAAAAUCACAAUAAUAACAACAAUAACAAUAUCAACCAUAAUAAUAAUAACAAUAACAAACAGUUGAGCUAUACGCCCAAGCUCAAGGAGCGCGGAGAGAUCGAUAACAUAUCGCCCAUUGUGAGCCACACGACGCCACAGCGAGGACGACAAUUUCAGCCACAACCGCAGUUAAAUCACACGUACGAGCAGCCAACGGCCAUGCUGAAGGAUCUGCAAUUGGAGGCGGCGACAAUGGAGCUGCUGGAUCAGAUCGAGCAGCCAGUUUUGGACGCCACGUACAACAUGACCGAGGAGCAGAAGCAAAUGCAGUGCAUACUCGAUCUGGCUGAGGCGGAAGUGGAGAUGUUGGCACAGCAGGGCGAUGAGGAACAGUUUGAGAACAUGCUCGCUGAGCUGGGCAAAAUGAAUUCACUGAAUGCGGAGCAGAUUAAAAUGCAGAAAUCGUUAGACAGCAUUAAGCGGCGCUUCAACAGAGACGAGGAGCAGCAUCAACCGUCGCAGCAACAGUUGCAUCAUAAUCAUCAUCACUAUCAUGCCACGCACAGUGAAGCGCUGUUGGAGGAAGAUCAUGUGCAACAUGUGACGCCGCCGUCAAUGCAUCAGACACAGCUUCUGAGUCACAGUCACAACCAGAGUCAGUCGAGCGCUAGCGGCAGUGGUGAGCGAUUGCUUAGUCGACGCAGUCGUCUUUACGAUGACGUCAAUCUGAGCGCCAUGCAUGACAGCAAUGUCAGCGGCGGCAGCAGUUGCAAUUCCACCUCCUUCAUUGUGCAUCGUCGGGACGAUGAAACGGCGGCCAACACAUCGGAGGCCUGCACACCGUUGCAGGAAUCGGAAGAGCCAGAGGCCGAACAGCAGCCGGAAAAGGAGCAGGAGCAAUCUGCUAUUGCUGUUGAGACUGAAGCGUCCAGCUAUAAGCUGACCGAGCGACGGGAGCGAGAUCGUGAGCGUUUCAAGACCAUCAAGAUAACGAAGGAAAUGCGUGCACGCGACGAGCAGCUGGACAACCACAUUGUAGUGCCUUGUAUAGACGACGAAGAGACGCUGGAACCGCCGCAAAUGGAGAUGCCGGAGCCAGUUGAGCAGCAUCGUCAGACAUCUCCACCGGGCCGACUUUCGCGACGCGAUCAGUCUGCCAUUGGUGAGAGCAGCAGCUCCUCCUCCUCCGUCAGCGCCAGCAACAACUAUUUGACCUACAAGAAGCCCAAGGAGAAGUCGCUGCUCAUGCGCCAGCGACAGCAGCAGCAGCAGGUGACUGAGACUCCAGCAAACGAAUCUUCCAGCCAAGGCGCACGAUCGCUUUCUCGACCACGCUACAUUAGUGGACUGCAAAAGUUUACAACGGUCAGCAAGGCGACUUCAGCGGGUGCAGGAUUAAAUGGCCCCACAAUGGGAGCAACUGGAGCUGGAGCAACGAGCGCAGCGACGACGGGCGCAACACCGGGGGAGCUCAAGAGUCCCAUGGGCAUUAAAUCCAAGUCGUUCCACAACUUGUCCUCCAACAUUAGCGGUAUCGUCGGACCCGGUGCAGCGUCUCUAGGACAUCGUCCCAGUUUAGGUGGCGCACUGCGACGGCCCGGCGUUCAAAGCCAGAACCGAUUGAUGAGCGGCCCGAGGCCAGCGCAGCAGCAAGAGCAGGAAGAUACAUCGGUAUUCAAAGUGCCCAAGCUGGUGAGCGGAUUGCGUGCGCCGUCAACGGCGGGAGCAAAGCGAGCAGUGGGCAAUGGACUGGCGCGUCCUUCUUCCGGUUAUUAUAGUCUGAGCAUGCGAGCAGCAGGAGAAUCUGAGACACCCGAAAGCCUCUCGUCGGCAUCGUCGCGUGGCAGUCUGUAUGGUAAGGAGACCAAGUUAAAUCAGAACUUCGACACGCAGGUGCUGAGCUCGAAGCUGACACAGGUGACAACCGGAGCAACGGGCAUACCAAAGCCAUCGGGAUUGAGGCCACCGACGCAAGUGAAACGCAGCGGCUUGCCGCGACCUUCCAGCAUUGUGAGGCGUUGAUCACAAGUAAAUCAAAAAGCUGCUAAAACAAGACAACAAUUGACAAAUUAAACUAAAGGAAAAGAAACGCCCGCCCCACAGUGAACAAACAAUAGAACUUAUUGAAAACUUGUUACUAAACUUCUCAAAUUGUUUAUAAUUUCUGUCACAAUUUCUAUUUCUGUUUUGUGCUCUCUUUUUUUUGUGUAGUAGACUCCUAGAUUUAUUGUCGCUCUGUCUGUUGAUUUAGACAAUAGCAUUUAUGUUAAACAUUAAACUAUUUUUGCAUUUAGUUAACAACAAAACAACAACAAGACACACUUUGCCUUAAACGAAAGAAAUGAUCCAUGUUAAAAUGCAUUGUAAUAAUUAUAAUAAUAACAACUGAUAUCUGAUAACCCUAAUAAUUGGAUGAGAACAAUUGGUGUAUAUUUUUGUAAAACAUGCCAAGUAGCAGAAAACAAAACGAUAUUCUAUAAACGUUAUUUGUUGUGGUUACAGGAAAGUGCUGCAUAUGUAAGCGAAUCGAAUAAAUAUUAAUAUUAAUAUUACUAGUAUAUAUACGAAAUCAUUAUAAAUAUAAGCAACUGCUCAGUGGCUCGACCACAGGAAACCAAACUACUAUAACUGGUAAAACACACUAUUAUGUAUUAUGAUAAGUCUCCUAAUUAUAAAACAAAAAAAGAAAAAAACAAAAAGAAAGUGUUACAAAUUCGAAAUACAGAUCAGAUCAGAAUAGAACAGUACAACAUUAACAAUAUACACUACAGCAAUAUUCAGUGUACUGUACUCUUGUCUAUUAACUAUAACUAUACACCUAUAUCAAAAUUGUUAUAUGGAUUUUGCUAUAUAGUUAUUAAAAAGAAAAAGGUCACCUAACUCUCGUCGUCUGGUGCAUUGUAUUACUGUGCUAUAAUAAAUAUUAUCUAUCCCACAUACUAUGUAAUUUAGUUUUUUAGUUGCCAAAACAACAACAAAAACAAACAAACGAACGAAUUUUUCUAAAUAAAAUAUAAAAUUGCAAAAA